CAAGCACAGGAACUAAAGAAGAGGCAGAGAAAAGAUUUCAUUGAGAGCACUUUCUCUACCCAGGCUGAAAAAAUGGGAGCAUGCCACAGAGGAUGAGAGGAUGAAGAGCAGCCAGGUGUUUUAGCCCAUUUAGGCUAUUAGUUUUGUUCAUUAGAUGCUCCCGGUUCAGGCCGCCGGCGGGGGGGGUUUGGGUACAUUAUUAUUAUUAAAACAUUUUGUCCCCCCACCACCACCCCAAAAAUGAGAGUCACAUCCAAGACCCGGCACUAACGCAGGCUGAGGAGAAGCUGGACGCGUUUCCACUCCUUAAUGUUCCCAAACGGAGCGGAGCAGAGAGCGGUACUGGCUCGCGGCCGAUGCCCGGAGGAGAGCUGCUGCUGCGGCGGCGGCGGCGGCGGACCAGAGGGAAGGCGACACCCGAGAGUCGCUGUUCAUUACCGGGGAUCUAGGCGAACCUCGCCGAGGCUGAGGCUGAGGGCAUGGGCUGCGCUCCCAGCAUCCACGUCUCUCAGAGCGGGGUGAUCUACUGCCGGGACUCGGACGAAUCCAACUCCCCCCACCAGACCACCACCAUCUCCCAGGGCACGGCGGCCGCCACGCUGCACGGGCUCUUCAUCAAGACGGACGCGGCCGAGACCAUCCCCUCCGUCAUCACCUACCAGAGCCGCCACUCGCGCAACAACUCGCACCGGGGGCGAAGGGAGAACAGCGGGGGGCACGUCCGCAUCGAGGCCGAGACCCAGACCAGCCACGCCAGCGUUAAGGUUUCUGCCACAGAAGAAUGUGUGGGACCUAUGAGGCUGACUAAGGAGCCGAUACAGGUUCUGCUCGUGUUCGCUAAGGAGGACAGCCAGAGCGAUGCCUUCUGGUGGGCCUGCGACCGCGCCGGCUUCAGGUGCAACAUCGCACGGACGCCCGAGUCUGCCGUGGAGUGUUUCCUGGACAAGCACCACGAGAUAAUCGUCAUUGACGGACGUCAUUCGCGCUACUUUGAGCCCGAAGCCGUCUGCCGGAUGAUCCGCGCCACAAAGCCCUCAGAAAGCACAGUUAUACUUGCUGUCGUACCACAAAAACUCCCGGACCAAGAGGAACCGUCCGUUCUCCCUCUCCUCUGCGCUGGAUUUAGCAGAAGGUUCGUGGAGAACAGCAGCGUGUCAACGUGCUACAACGAACUCAUCCAGAUCGAGCAUGGAGAGGUGCGCUGCCAGUUCAAACUCAGGGCUUGCAACUCUGUCUUUACGGCUUUGGAGUACUGCCAAGAGGCUGUGGAAAUCACCAGUGAAGAUCACAUCAUUCAGUAUGUGAACCCUGCCUUUGAGAGGAUGAUGGGAUACCACCGGGGGGAGUUGAUCGGAAAAGAACUGACCGAGCUUCCCGAGAGCGACAAGAACAGAGCCGAUCUACUCGAUACAAUCAACACCUGCAUCAAAAAAGGCAAAGAAUGGCAAGGCAUUUACUUUGCCAGGAAGAAGUCAGGCGACAGCAUUCAGCAGCAAGUGAAGAUACUGCCUGUCAUCGGCCAGGGAGGAAAAAUUCGACAUUUCGUAGCCAUCAAGCGAGCUCAUACCGACAACAAUAAUCAGGUCCUCAAAAUGAACAAGGAAGACAGAUGCAGCGGGGACCAUUCUCAAUCAGAGUGCCAUUCACUGCGACACAGGGACAGACGGAAAGAUUCGAUCGAUGCCAGAUCGGUUGGUUCCCGUGGCAGCGACGCUCCUAGUUUACAGAACCGGAGAUAUUCUUCUGUUGCAAGAAUCCAUUCGAUGACAAUUGAGGCUCCCAUCACCAAGGUAAUAAACAUCAUCAACACGGCCCAGGAGAGCAGCCCGGUAACGGUCGCCGAGGCUCUGGACCGCGUGCUGGAGAUCCUGAGGACCACCGAACUCUACUCCCCCCAGCUGGCCUCCAAAGACGAUGACCCCCACACCAACGACCUGGUCGGGGGGCUCAUGACCGACGGGCUGCGGAGACUCUCUGGGAAUGAAUAUGUUUUCAGUAAAAAUAUGAGCCAGAGCCAGCUGGCCAUCCCGGUAACGCUGAGCGACGUUCCUCCGUCCAUCGCCGAGAUGCUGAACGACGAGGAGCGCUGGGAGUUCAACAUCCUGGACCUGGAGGCAGCUACGCAUAAAAGACCGCUCACUUACCUCGGCUUGAAGAUUUUCACCAGUUUCGGAGUGUGUGACUUCCUGAACUGCUCUGAGGCGACGCUGCGCUCCUGGCUACAGCUCAUGGAGGCCAACUAUCACUCCUCCAACUCCUACCACAACUCCACGCAUGCUGCAGACGUCCUGCACGCCACGGCCUACUUUCUGCGCAAGGAGAGAGUCAAGAGCAGCCUGGACCAGCUGGACGAGGUGGCGGCGCUGAUAGCCGCCACGGUCCACGACGUGGACCACCCGGGCCGGACCAACUCCUUCCUGUGCAACGCGGGCAGCGAGCUGGCCAUCCUCUACAACGACACGGCCGUGCUGGAGAGCCACCAUGCCGCACUCGCCUUCCAGCUCACCAUCCGCGACGGCAAGAGCAACAUCUUUAAGAACAUCGACAGGAAUCAGUUCCGCACGCUGCGCCAGGCCAUCAUCGACAUGGUGCUCGCCACCGAGAUGACCCGCCACUUUGAGCACGUCAGCAAGUUUGUCAACAGCAUCAACAAGCCAAUGGCCGCCAUCGAAGAAACCAGCACCAGUAGCACGAACAGCGACUGCGAGGGCCAGAGCAACAUCAGAAACUCUCCAGAGAACCGCCUGCUGAUCAAGCGGAUGCUAAUCAAGUGUGCAGAUGUGGCGAACCCCUGCAGGCCUCUGGAGCUCUGCAUCGAGUGGGCGGGCCGGAUCUCAGAGGAGUACUUCGCCCAGACGGACGAGGAGAAGCGACAAGGGCUGCCCGUGGUGAUGCCCGUGUUUGACAGAAACACCUGCAGCGUGCCCAAAUCUCAGAUCUCCUUCAUAGACUACUUCAUCACAGAUAUGUUUGACGCCUGGGACGCCUUUGCCAGCCUCCCCAACCUGAUGGAGCAUUUGUCCGAGAACUACAAGUACUGGAAGAACCUGGACGACAUGAAGUGCAAGAGCCUGCGUCCUCCGCCGCCCUCCUGACUCCCUGCUCUCCUCUCUGGCACCGCGACCCGGGCCGGACGCUAAAACAGUUAGUCAUUUCAGCCGCAGCGCUAAAGUAGCGCGUACGGCGAGGAACCGGGGCCAAUUCCCUGGCUAAGAGAAACGAGAUCGCCGACUGAUGAGCACUGUGGCACUGAUCCCGUCUUAAAUCCCGGACGCUUUUCUCGUUCCAACUGAACAUGGUGUUCCACCGCCAUGGGAAAAGAAAAAAACAAGUUUUCAUCUGACAGCCCGAAUGACUGUCAUCCGCCAUUUUGUUCUGGCGUCUCUUUGAAACUGUGUGGACCUCACGGCUUACCCGACAAUCCGUACCAUACAGCGUAACACGCCGGAAAUCUGCACUUUAGCAAAUCAAGACAUUUGGAUUUCGAGCUCUGUUUUGCUCUUUGC